AUUACACGUGGCUCCAAAAGCUUGCCGACGCGGCUUGUGAAAAGCGGGCCCCACACUCCAAAUUUCGUUUCUGUUCGUUCAUUAGCGCCCUUAAUUGAUCGUCAUCACAUCAUCCCCACCCAAACUGUGGCACUACACUACACUCUACAGCCAAUCGCAAUUCCCCUUCCACUUCCCCCCGUCGUCUCGAUUCCGCCGCAAAAGAUGCCGGCGACUCUGCAAUUCGCCGGUUGCAGCUCCAUCUCCGGCGCUAUUGCCGAUGCCCGACUCAAUCUCCCCUCCUCUUCGUUUAUCUGCGGAGAUCUGUGCUCCUCGCCCUUCCGCGGAGUUCGCUUGAGUGAUGAGAUGAACUGUAGUGAUGCCCGGUUAGCUGCCGGGAGAGUGAGAAUGAGAAGAGCCUCGAUUCGCGUAAUGUCGGCUGGAAAUGGCGCUUCGUCUUCGCCAACGAGGCAUCUGAAUGAGUACAUGGUGACGGUCGAUCGGCCUCUCGGUGUUCGCUUCGCCUUGUCUCUCGAUGGCAAAAUUAUCGUCCAUUCUCUCAAGAGAGGCGGGAAUGCGGAGAAGACGAGAAUCGUAAUGGUUGGCGAUACUUUGAAGAAGGCCGGCGGUUCCGCCGACUCGCUCACGGUGAUUGGUGAUAUCGGUGCAGCGCAGAAGGUGUUAACGGAGGAUGUUGAUCCCAAUAAACCGAUGACUUUAGUCCUGGAGAGACCAUUCUUUCCUUUCCCAAUUCAUCUACUCGACUUUUCGAGUGAUAUUGGAAGCUUCAAUAGAGGAAGAGUGGCUGUGGUGACUUGGAACAAAUCUCUGCUAGCAUUUGGUCUUCAAAGUAAUGAGGAAAAUGGGAAUUCCGGAUUUGCGUCAUUUUCUUGGAAUUUCCUAUCACAUCAUGGGUGGAAGCUUCUGAAUGAUCGAACUGGGAGGAUGGAGUCUCCAGAGUCGAGGUAUAAGACUCAAGUUGUGAGCCUUUUGUCUGAAGAACAGUCUGGAGAUGGAGAAUGGGCUCAUGGGAACUUCCCGCUGGAAGAGUAUGUGGCUGCAUUAGAACGUUCCAAAGAUGAGUUGUACUAUGACCAUUCUCUUGGUAUGCACUACACUAAGGUUACGGAGCAAAUAUAUGUUGGAUCAUGUCUACAGAAUGAGGAGGAUGUGAAAAGAUUGUCGAGGGUGGGUAUCACUGCAGUAAUAAAUUUCCAGGGUCCUACUGAAGCUGAGAACUGGGGAAUCAACUUGAAUGCAGUAAAUGAGGCGUGCCAAAGGUCUAAUAUCCUAAUGAUCAACUACCCAAUAAGGGAUUUGGAUUCAUUUGAGUUGAGGAAGAAACUACCUUUUGCUGUUGGCCUCCUGUUCCGCUUAUUGAGAAAAAACCAUCAUGUUUUGAUAACUUGCACUACUGGUUUUGACCGAUCUCCUGCUUGUGUGGUUGCAUAUCUGCACUGGAUUACCGACACUUCCCUUCAUGCAGCGUACAACUAUGUCACUGGUUUCCACGUAUGCAAGCCUGACAGAGCUGCAAUUGCUUGGGCAACAUGGGAUCUGGUUGGUAUGGUGGAAAAUGGGGUGCACGAUGGACCACCAACACAUGCUGUAACGUUUGUGUGGACAGGGCAAGAGGGUGAGGAUGUGUCCUUGGUUGGAAGCUUUACUGGAAACUGGAAAGAACCUGUCAGGGCAACUCACAAGGGUGGACCAAGAUUUGAAGUUGAACUGAGGCUACCUCAAGGAAAGUAUUACUACAAGUACAUUAUUAACGGGGACUGGCGGCAUUCAAAUUACUCACCAACAGAAAGAGAUGAAAGUGGUAAUCUAAACAAUAUACUUGUGCUCAGUGAGCCUGCCAGCAUAAAGCACACUGUUCAUCAAAAUCAGAAGGAUAUCAACAUUGUGAGAGUUAUCGAGAGGGGGCUUACAGAGAGUGAGAGAUUCACUCUUGCUAAAGCCGGUCGCUGCAUAGCUUUCUCUGUCUGCCCGCAGAGACUGGCUCCCAAGUAAAACUAUAUUGCCUGGUAAACAAGGUUAAAAUUCGACAUGGUAUGCUGUUCUCUUCCCUACCUGAGAUGUCCCUAUGCUACAACUUGGGGAUGCUUACUUGGCAUCAUAUUCUCCCCUUUUAAAACUGUUUAGUCUUACCUCCCAAGACCUCAUUUAAUACGCCGCUGUGGGUUACAAUCACAACUCAGUGUAUGGAGGUGGCAAAAUACGUUGUGCCACAAAGAAGCAUAAAGAACAGCUGAAUCCUACAUGCUGCUGCUGCUGCUGUUGGUGUCAUUGGGCCAUACAUAAAAGUGAUCAGACGAAGCAAGUUAGAAACUGCAAAGGAUAUGCAGCACGCAGGUGUUGCUGGUGUAGAUAUGCUACUGUUACUGCCAUCGCAAUACUUGGGCUGAGUCAAUCAAUAAACUUGCUAUAUGAUUCUUCUAAAAUGGGGGAAAAGACAUUUUUUUUUAUGCAUCUUUGUGUUGAGUGAAGAUCAUAAUGAGGAAGUUUUGCAUUAGGGAAUAUAGGUGUUUACUUUGCUCUAAUCAAGCUUAGGCCAAGUGUAUUCUUAUUUAUCGACUACAUGGGCUCUCCUGUUAUGCAGUUGAUGACAACAGUAUAGGUAAUAUAAUGGUAGAGUAGGUGUACCAUUUCUUAAGCGCAACUGCAGAAAAGAAAACAAACAAGAAGACACAGAAGCCGACACCGGCUUAUGUCGACACUUUGUGGGAGAAGUAGUGGUAUGCUUGCAGCGUAGAUGGCACAAGAAUGUUGACACUAUGGCACUUGGUUGGAAAAAUGCAUGAAGUAUAUAUAUAUAUAUAUAUAUAUGCAUUCAGACUAUAACCAACCGGUGCAGCUGCCUAAAGACCCUUUUUUUUUUCCAGAGAAGAAAUGUUGAUUCAUUCAUCCACAGAAACACACAAAAUGGUCGUCAGCCUGGGUAAGUUUUUCUGUGUGUUGCUUGCGGCCGUUACCCCAAGCAGUGUCAAGAGCACUGUCGAUCAGGCAUUAUGUAAGACAGUUGUUUCUUUUAGCAUGGUUACUAACGUUAGUGCUUAGUUUGUUUUGGGCAGAUUACAAGAGGGGCUGGAUUAAACUCUCGACGAUCUUCAUUAGGACGGCGAUUCACCUCAAUCGCAUUCCUAGCUCUCGUUCUCAUUCCCCACAGUAACACAAGAAGAAUCCCAUCAUCCAGUACUAUUUGUUAAUGGAGAUUUUGUGGGUAGUAGAAAAGUCCAAAGAAGGGAAAGAGAUAAGGGCAGUGAGGUAUAUGGAACGCUGAUCCCUGUGGAGUUGAAGCAGAGCCAUGUUUUGGAGAUCAGCCCAGAUAGGGCCUUAUCCCCUCUCCCUUCACGGCCAUGAAGUUGUGUAUCUGGCCCACUAGUGUAAUUCUUCUCUACCUUACAUUCUGGUUUCUACUAUGUCUGGCCACCAUCAACUUUGCCUUCGUGCACAAGCUAAAGAAUAUUUUAGUUAUACAUCAUCCAAGCUGAUAUUUAAGAAAUUGUAAUCAAUUUA